UCUAAAGAGCUCGUAAAAAACCUAAUCGUGUCGAAGAUAAUGGAGACAUCUGGCCAGUCUUCUAGUACUACAUUAGGAUUUCAAAAAGGCGUCACAUAGAUGUUUUCUCAACUGAUGAAAAUAGCUUUCCAAUCCAGUGAACGAAUUUGCAAUAAAUACAUCGCGCAUGUAGGCACCGCUCAGAGACCAUCAUCACGAUGACUAAGCACAUUUUGAAGGUCAAUCUAUGCAGAUAGUAGAAUGCUUCGUAUCUUCCGCAAUCCAGGACUGGGUCAACGUUUUAUUCGGAAAACAUUUUCCUUCUCGGCAGUAGCUACCAAGCAGUUUGUAAUAAAGGACCACUAUGAAUUUGACCAAAAGGUUAUCAACAGCGAGAACCCGGUGAUCGUUAACUUCCACGCAGAAUGGUGCGAUCCCUGCAAAAUACUCACACCCAAAAUGGCGGAAAUGCUGGAACCCUCGGAAGACAUCGAUCUCGCAAUCGUGAACGUGGACGACAAUGCCGAGCUGGUGCAAACGUUCGAGGUGAAAGCCGUACCCGCCGUGCUCGCCUUCCGAAACGGUGUCGUGGUGGACAAGUUCAUCGGCUUGGUCGAUGCGAACAUGAUCGAGAGUCUGAUUGGAAAAUUAGCGAGGAAAAAGUAGAGUCAUGGUCACUGUACCGAUUGUGCUUAGUGAAAUAGUGAUCGGUUGUCGAGCUGUGAUUGUACAUUGACCACUAGAAAUAGGCACACUGUGUGAUGUGACUUACAAAUAACAUUUGAACUAGGGUACUUUGAUUGAUACCUUUGAUGCCAAUAAACCUUAGGAUAAUACAGAUUAUAAGUUUACUAGCGUGAAUCUUUCUGGAGUGGAUAGAGAAAUACAAUCUAUUUGUUGACAUUCAA